AUCCAUGCCAGAACGGUUUCCUGGAGAAUGGCAAAAAGACCGAUCUGUCGUUGAGAAGCCGAUCUGAAGUGACGGAUGAUGGGUACCAAAAGGGAGGGCCACACGCUCACCGUCUCUUAUCCUGCGGUUCGUGCCUUGGAACGGCCGGGUUCCGAGCCAUGCGCCUUGGAAGUAGGCCUGGAUGCCACGCAUGCGGCUAGGAAAGCCGGUCAGGGCUGCUAGGAAUCAGGACAGCCACCAGUCGCAACUAAAAACCCGCGUGUCGGCAGUGGUUUGCUUCAAGUGCACGACGAGGCGCUUUCCCUUUUCGCACCAGAGACAUACAGGAAUGCAGCGUUGUUUGCACAAGUGACUGAUCACAUGAAGCGCCCCAUUGGGGUCAAGCCCCUGACUAGUCUAGAGAGACUGACAUGAUUACCACGUUGUGUCUGGACGAUGUUUCCCGGGAUGGCGCGGGAGGACAUUGACAGUGUUGGUUGGGCCUUGUUCCGACUGCAGACGGCCUCUUGUCAGAUUGAAGCCAAUCCCUUCUACUGUGGUGACGUCGAACUUGGCAGCCCAGCCCAGUGAGUGAGAAUGCAUUGAGAUCUCGACUUGCACGUGAUGGGUCCUAUCGGCUAGCUCCGUUUCUGAGAGUGGGUCCUCUAUCUCCAGCCCUCACGUCACCUAUCUUUUCCUAUCGGAUUGGUGGUGGUGACAGCUUCGACGUGCACUCUGGCCAGCUCACUUUGGGCAAGCCACAUAUUCCCUUCCACUUGCGCGCUGCCUGCCUGCAUCACGCGCGACUAUUCGCCCACACUUGACGCGUGUGCAUUUGCCAUCUCGCAACGAUCCGCCCCGAUCCGCCCAAGCGAAAAGCGCCAGCUUCCCGAGCCUCCUCCGCAGCCGCGCGCGCACCUGAUCUCGUAUCGCCGUUUGGCCACCCGCACGCUAGUCUAUCCGUUGCCCGAGUCCCGACGGACGGGAGCCGCCCCAUCCGGACACCGGCGCGAGGUUUCUAUACCCGCCACGCAGCAGCAGCCAUAGCCAUGUCCGGUGCGAGGACGAGGCGGCAGGCAGCCAUGGAGGCCGGCGGCGGCGACGCAAAGCCGGCGGCGCAAAACGGCCACGACGACGGCGCCGCGCAACGGCAAGACCCCGGCCACAGCGACGACGGCGACGGCGACGGCGACGGUGACGACCUCCCCGACGAGAACAUCUUCCUCUUCCUCCCCAACAUGAUCGGCUACGCGCGCGUGGUGCUGGCCUUUGCGUCGCUCUACUACAUGCCGCUGCACCCGCGCACGUGCACGCUGCUGUACAGCGUCUCGUGCCUGCUCGACGCGCUCGACGGCUACGCGGCGCGAUACUUUGAGCAGUCGACGCGGUUCGGGGCCGUGCUGGACAUGGUGACGGACCGCUGCACCACGGCGUGCCUGCUCGUCUUCCUGAGCUCGGCCUUCCCGCGCUGGGCCAUCGUGUUCCAGGGCCUGAUCGUGCUCGACAUGGCCAGCCACUACACGCACAUGUACGCCACGCUGGCCAUGGGCGGCUCGGGCGAGAGCCACAAGAACGUGGACCGGUCGCGCAGCCGCAUCCUGAACCUGUACUACACCAACCGCACCGUGCUCUUCAUCUUUUGCUUCCUGAACGAGGCCUUCUUCAUCGCCCUGUACCUCUUGUCAUUUUCCAGCCCGCUCCUGUCGCCCAACCUGCUGCACAAGAUCCCCAGCGACGCCGCGGCCGAGAUCAUGAGUGGCAAGCAGGUCGACUCGUCGCUCCUGGGCCAGAUCUUUACCAACCCCUACAGCGCCGGUGCGCUCGAGAUGGCCCGCGCCAACAAGAUGGACUCCACCGUCCCAUGGAUCGUUGCUAUCGUCAGCUUUCCCGUCAUGUUGGGCAAGCAAAUCAUCAACGUUGUGCAGUUCGUCAAGGCCAGCAAGUGGCUGGCCGAGGGCGACAUUAAGGCCCGGAAAGCACAGGGUCUUCCGCGCAAGAAGAAGAUUUGAUGUGGGGCUUGAUGGGCAGGGCAAGGGAGAGGAGAGGGAGAGAGAGAGAGAGAGAGGAAGGCCAUGGGGUCUGAUAAAUCAUGACAAAACGGAGCACGUGAAGGUUCUGAUAGAAGAGGGGCGAAGAAGCCUGGUUGCUUUGCUUUGCUGCGAUGUGCUUGGUUCGGCGGUCAUUUAAAAUGCGGAGAUAUCUCAGCAUCGGGUAGCACUGAUUUUGCCGGUGUUUGACGGCCACUUUCAUAGUUACUAUGGAU